CGACUUUAGACUUUCUGUACUAGUAUUUAAAUUUAAAGUCCUGAUUUUUCUAUUUAUUAUAUUACAUUAUUGUUGUCAAGUAGCAUUAAUGAAAUAAACCUAAUAUAUUUUUUUUAACGAUGUCUAGUUUUCACAAAAUAAGUGAUAGCCGCAUUUCCAUAAAUGGCACAAAAAUAAAAAACAAUCUUUUAUUUAUAUCAUCAGGAAUUCCUUCUUUGGAUCAUAUAAUAGGCGGUGGCUUACCUGCCGGUGCUAUCUUUGUUGUUGAAGAAGAUGUCUUGGGCAGUUACAGUAAGAUACUUUGCAAAUAUUUUCUUGCUGAAGGAAUUGUUAGUAAACAUGCAUUAUUCUUAGCUUCCGCUGAUGAUGACCCACAAGAAACAGUAAAAGCACUACCGCAGCCUUGUGAUGUUCCAAUGGAUAAUGAAACUACCAAAAUAACAGAAGAUAUAGAUAGAAUGAAGAUAGCUUGGAGAUAUGAGGGUUUAAGUCAAGUUGAUUCUUCAUUUGGAAAUAAUUCAACAUUUGGUCAUCACUUUGAUCUCAGCAAACACAUUGAUGAAAAUACAAUAAAGAGUAGUAAUAUAUCAUAUUGUUAUCUUGAGCCAUCUGAAAAUAAUAAUGUUGAUGGUUUCAGGAAUUGCUUGUACUCGAAUUUGGUACAUAAUAUAAAGAAUAUAGUUAAAAAGUAUAAGAACAAUAAAAGUGAAGAUAAAAAUAUACUUAGAAUUUGUAUACAAGCCCUUGGGUCUCCAAUAUGGAUGGCAAUGGACUGUGAGGAUGGAUGUCAUGAUUCUUAUGGCCUAGAUUUAAUAAAAUUCAUGUAUUGUUUGAGAAUUCUGCUGAGGGACACAAAUGCAACUGCAUUUAUUACUAUGCCUUCGCAUUUGUUUGAAGAUGAUCACAUAAUGAAAAGACUUCUCUAUUCUGUUGACAAUGCUGUCAGAUUGGAAUCAUUCACGGGAUCAAGCAAAGAAACUAAUCCAGUGUACAAAGAUUAUCAUGGACUAUUUCACAUAACAAAACUGAGUGCACUAUAUUCCAUGGUACCAUACAUACCUCCCAGUAUUGACCUAGCGUUCAAAUUGAAAAGAAAGAAGUUUGUUAUAGAAAAAUUGCAUUUACCACCAGAAUUACAGGAAAGCAGUGAAAGAGAACAAGAUGAUAUAACAUCAACACCCUAUACAUGCGGCGGAUUUAAAAAGAAAGAUAUAGAUUUUUAAAUCAUUUAUUUAUAUAAAAUGUGCCUUUAAAAUUUUAUAAAACAUGUUAAAAAUGC